AUGACUCGGGGCUCAUGAGCCACGCCAGUUCCUCCCUUGCAUGGUCAGCCGAGAAAGUCUUACUCGUCCAACGAACUGUAUCGCGCUUCUCGAUCCCCCCUUUUCUCCGACGUGCUCAAUAGGUACCUACCUACCUAGAGGCAAGGAGAUGAUGGCAUCGUCCGGGACUUCUUUCCCCUCAUACCACGCCUUGGCGCCGCCGGAACACCACGGACAAAAAGUCGAACUGCAGUCUUCCCAUCCUUCAUCCGAUGCGGAUCCGGCCUCGCCAAUCUUUGCAGGCGUUGAGCUGUCAUGGCGGCCGUUCUAUUUGCGGCGCCGCAUUCUCUUUCCUUUUGCCGCCAUCUUCUCUCUAGUCAUUGCCGCUACAGAGACGCUGCUCGCGGUUUCGGACAAAAACAAUGGCAUCGCUUCGGCCUCGUUUGGCCAACACUACCUCUGGGUAUACACCCCAACAGCCGCCCUAACGCUGAUCGCCGCUGUUUGGGGCCGAAUUGAAUAUCAAAGCAAGCUGGUGGCACCGUGGAUCCGUUUGUCAAAACAGCCGAGCAAUGGGAAACGCACACUGUUGCUCGACUACAUAUCCGACUUCCAGCUAUGUGUAGUAUUCAAGGCUCUCCGCAACCGCGACUUCACCGUCUCCAUCGUUUCUACUGUUUCCAUGAUGAUCAGGGCCAUGAUCGUUAUCUCGACCGGCCUCACUACCCUCUCUUGGACCCAAGUCCAUCACCAAUCCUGGCCUAUGAUGCUCCAAGACCGCUUCGUUGAUAGCAGCAGCCGUCUCACUAACCCGGGGGACCUGGCCCCGUAUAUUAUACGAGGGCUGCAAGAAUAUAACCUCACCUACCCGGAUGGCCUGUCCGACAUCUACGCUUUUCAAUCAGCGCGGGCCGACCUACCUGACAUAGCCGAGACCCGUGUUACCGUUGACGGAUUCGAGAACUCUCUUGAAUGCAAAACAGCCGAAUUGAGCCUCGUGAGCUCUAGGGUAGCCGGAAACAGCCCUCCAAGGACCAUUAACUUGGCCAUUGCAUCAUCUGAUUGCAACGUGGAGCACCUAGAGCUUGGUGCGCCAGGCAUGAGGGUACCACUGGCACUUAGCUGCCUUUCCAGUGGCUCGUGCACGCUGCUCUUUGCACGAUUCAUCCAGAUACAAUGUGACGGAACAACAGGCGACCCAGGAAGGAGGGCACUGGCCGUGUUCGGGAACAUAACCUAUUCCGUCGACCCUUCCAAGGAUGAGAUGGACGGUUUGCGUUACCAGGCGCGGUUACACCGAUCUACGCAGCUGUUAUGUGUUCCAACUUACAAAAUCACAAAGGUCGACGUGGCCCGCAACGGAACUCAGACCCUAAACGUAACUGCAUCCCCUGGCUCCACAGUCAGAAACCUUCAUUCAGUCACUGCCUGGAAUAUUAUGCAGUCUCAUCUUUUCGCGUAUGCCUGUGAACACGGCUGUAGCGGAAACCUCACCGUUACUGGAGUCUAUGUUCCUCCAACCGAUCCGAUGAGUAUCGCUAUACCAAGCUAUAUCACAACGAUUGGUCCUGUCGAUUCUUUGUUUGACGCUGGGUUGCUUCAACAGCUUGUUACCAGCUAUUAUCGGCAGUUUACUGCUAUAAUAGCCAAACAUCUCCUAAUGGAACCGGCAUCCAUAGACACCAGCGGGUCCGUUGUCACGCACGAAAACCGGCGUAUCGUGCAAAAUUGGGCAGCCCAGUGGAUGGUUGGCCUGGCUGCUGCUUGCCUAGGGUUUACGGCCUUGACGAUGUUCUUCGUCCCACGGUGUGGUAUCCUACCCUGCGAUCCGACCACUUUACCUCAAGUGGCAUUACUAGUUUCGCGGAGCCACGGCUUGCUGGCGACACUAUGCUUCUCAGGUGCGGCAGAUACGAAUCAUCUCAGCCACCACUUGCAAAAUUCUACUUUCGAGUCAGGCGCCGUUCUCGACCCAAUAUCCACCCAGCCGCACUUUGCCGUCCUGGAUAUACGAGAUCCUUCAGAGGAACCACAGCCGCUCCGACAAGUCGAUCUAAGGCAGAAGCACCCCUACGUUCUUCAUCCUGCUUCUCGCCUAGCAUUGUGCAUUCUCCUAGCGGCACUUAUCUCCAUCUUGGAACUUACACUCCGCCAGUCCAACAGCAACGAUGGAAUCAGAGAUGUGGGCGAUAACAUCUACAUUCACUAUACCUGGACUGUUAUUCCAGCUCUUCUCCUCGGUGCAUUAAGUCUUGUCGUUUCCACGGUCGAUUUUCAUACUCGGUCACUCGCACCCUACGUUACUCUCAAGCGACUAAUCACAGCUAGGGAAUUCUUAGCCCUCGACUUCAUGAAUAUGUCGACUCCCCGGACUAUUCUCAGGGAGAUCCAAGGCCGCAAUCUUGGGGCUCUCGGAGGCACCUUGGCGUUCUUAGUUGCCGCCGUGUUAACUAUCCCUUCUACAUCUCUCUUCCAGCCACUUACCAUUCCUAUAACUACCCCAGCAAUACUGAGGGCGACGAAGUCCUUCCCGAUACACCUGUAUGUCGCAAAUUACGGCAACAUGCUUGCAUCCCUUAUCCUCGAGGGCAAUUUAUCAUACCCCAGACUUACCUAUAGCGAUCUCGCCUUCGCACAACUCGCCUUUACGCCAUCGUCACUAGUUGACGACCGUUACAUCAACAUCUCUAGCGUUUCCGUCGUCGCGGACGUUCCCGCUGUGAGGUCCAAGUUAAUUUGCCGCACCUACAAUACGUCAAGUAUCCAUACCAACCUCGCGCUUAAUGACACAGACCCACGGGAUGGGACUACCCCUCUUGAUAUUUAUAUUGAAGGCGAACAGUGUGGUGUGGAAACCUCGAGAGGAAUGAUAUAUUAUCGCAACAGGUUUCCCACCUUCCCAAGCAUGACCUACUUCGGCGUCGCAACCCCCGAAUUGUUUGGCUGCAGCGAUCUCCUCUACGUCUGGGGCAGGCUCGAGUUCUCCAAGAACCCCAUCAUCCAACAUAUCUCGGCCUUGGGAUGCAACGAAAGCUUUGAGGCCCUUUCCGUAUCCACCACCUUCAUCGGCCCCACGCUCGACAUCGACACGCACCAUCCCCCUCAGCCGCUCGAACACACAGCUCACCCGUCCACCACCAUCUUCCGCGCCUCAAGCAUCUACACCGACUUAGCCUGGACCAACACGGACCCGCACUACCUCACCCCCUUCUUCGCCAUGCUGACCUCCUCCCCCUGGGCCAUCCCCGUCCCCUUACUCGGCGACCCCUCCGCCACAACCACCAUCAUCAACGCAAUCCGACAGCAGCACGGCAUCAUCCAAGCCCAAAACCUCGUACAACAACUCAUCCCCGCCAACACCACCAACACCACCAUCCCCCAGGGCUACCCCCCCGGCACCACCGACGACAUCCCCCUCUACAACGCCACCAUCACCAGCGCCCCCGGCUCCGGCCGCCGCCGCGUCGUGCAGGACACAACUUCAACCCGCAUCCUACAGGGCUUGCUCGCUAUCAUCCUUGUGCUGCUGCUCGUCAACUGGGCGUGUAUGCCCAACACGGAUGUGCUUCCGCGGUCGCCCACGACGAUUGCGAGCGCGGUGGCGCUGCUGGCGGGGGGGAAUUUGCUGGAGGAGGGGAUGGCGGGGUUCGGGCCCCUGAAGGGCUCGGAUGGGGAUUCGGGGAUGGGGGGGUUGGAUGGGAGGGCGGGGUUGCUGAGGGUUUUGUUGGCGGGUAAGGGGGUUGGUGGUGGUGGUGUUGAUGGUGAUGGUAGUGGAGAUGAUGAUAGUGUGUAUUUGAAGAAGAAGGAGGAACUGUUGAAGGGGGCUAGGUUCUGGAUGGGGUGGGGGACUGUGCCGGAUGUGGAAGGGAGGAAGGUUGGAGGGGGGGAGAAUGAAGGCGGUGCGAGUCGGUUUGGGAUUCAUGUUGUGUGGCAGCAGGAAGUAGAAGAGGGAUGGGAGAAAAAGGGGUGGAAGAGGAGGAAGGAUGGGGGGAGAGAAUGUACGGAGUAUCGGGCGUUGGAUACUUGGGAAGGUUGACCCGUGUAAGCAUAUCAGAGGAGUUAAUGGCGGAAUGAAUGUGGUAAGAUCUUUUUCAUUGUUGGCUUUGAUGUUUGCGCAGUCAACUGAAAAGUUGCUUCGGCACUUCAUCACAGCGGUAACAACACGCAAACAUCACAACGUGACACGUUGUGGGACUGCGCAGAGAUAAGCUAAUU